UUUUAGGGAAGAAAGAAAAGAUAAAGGAAGGAGAGAGAAAGAGAGAGGGAGCUGUCAGAAGCUCCGAGACUGAAAGAGGGUAACGGCUGUUAACGGCGUAUCUGUUUCACCACGUGAUCUCCUGAAGUAGAUGAAUGGAGCAUGCGUCAAGAUUCUUGCCGACAACAAUCUCCAGACAUUAACGGCAUACCUGACGCCGUUUAAAUCACUCCCUCACACCUGCCUCUCUAUCUCUUUCUCAACUGACGGAGAUAUCUUCUCUUACAAGCAUACAUGGCAAAGUACGGAUUCAUCAGCUUCUCUUCUCUUCUCUUCCUUCUCCUUUCAGGUUUUACCAUCACAGCAUCCUCAGCUCCGAUCGGCAUCAACUACGGCCAGAUUGCCGACAACCUCCCCUCGCCGGAAUCCGUCGUCCCCCUCCUCCGCUCCAUUGGCGUCGGCAAGGUGAAGCUCUACGACGCCGAUCCCCGCGUCCUCCGCGCAUUCGCCGACACCGGAAUCGAAUUCGUCGUCGGCCUCGCCAACGACUGCCUGUCCAAGGUCCGCGACCCGUCGAAAGCUGUGAACUGGAUUAAAUCAAACGUCGUUCCCUACCUCCCGGCUACCAAGAUCACGUCGAUCACCGUGGGAAAUGAGAUCCUGACCAGCAACGACACGGCCAUGAUAGAGAACCUCCUCCCUGCGAUGAAGGGCAUGCAAUCCGCGCUCCAAACCCUAGGCUUGUCGAAGCAGAUCACAAUCACCACCGCUCAUUCCCUGGCCGUGCUCGAGACCUCGUAUCCGCCGUCCGCCGGAUCGUUCCGUAGCAAUAUGGUGCCCUACAUUUCACCAAUCCUCAACUUCCAUGCCAAAACCGGGUCCCAGUUCUUGAUAAACGCCUAUCCCUAUUUCGCAUAUAAGGCGAAUCCGAAGCAGGUCCAGCUCGAUUUCGUGCUGUUCCAGCCAAACAGAGGCGUCAUUGAUCCGGUCUCGAAUCUCAAGUACGACAACAUGUUGUUCGCUCAGAUCGACGCGGUGUACGCCGCACUGGCGACAUUGGGGUAUGGACGGCUGAGAUUGCAGAUAUCAGAGACAGGGUGGCCGUCGAAGGGGGAUGAGAACGAGGCGGGGGCCACCUUGGAGAAUGCGAGGAAAUACAAUGGGAAUUUGAUGAGAGUGAUGAUGGAGAAGAAGGGAACGCCGAUGCGGCCAAAGGAUGAAUUGGAUGUGUAUGUCUUUGCUCUGUUCAAUGAGAAUUUGAAACCGGGGCCUGCUUCGGAGAGGAAUUACGGGCUGUUCAAGCCUGACGGAACGCCGGCAUAUCAGUUGGGAAUUGGGGCUGUUAAUGGCAGUAGCAGCAGCGACGGUAAUGGAGGUUCUGGUGGAGAUGUUGGUGUAGGAGCAGUUACGCCGUCGCCGGAGGGUACGACGACGGGGUAUUUUACCAUCUCAGCUGCUGAGGGGAAAUUGCGAUUUGGUGGAGUUGGGCUUUGCUUGCAGCAAGGAGUGCCUUGGGCCUGCCUGAGUUUGAUUCUACUACUUUUCUGAAUUCUGGGUGUGCUGAGAAAUGAAUGGAAAGAGAUUGCUCCUACGUUGCAUGCAGAUCAUGCUGCAGGUAGGUUAGAUUAUAUUAGAUUAGAUUAGAUUAGGAGAGAGAGAGAGAGAGAGAGAGAGAGAGAGAGAGAGAGAGAGAGAGAUCAACCACAUUUUAUUCUUGUUAGUCUUAAGAAUUUCCUUUGUAUGCUUAUCAUUAUUGUUGUUGUUGUUACGAAAUUAGGGAUUGUACUAAUUAAAAUCAAUAGCACCCCUAAGAGGGUUACAAUCUUCCUUAUUCA